GGACUCACUCGGGGGUGCCCCUCUGGUGCCACCUAUCGGUGAACUCGGUUGUCGACAUGUUGCUUAGAAACGAAGAGCUGAGUAACACUAACACUGCUGUGGCGAGGACAGUAACUUCCAGGGGAAACUUUUUAACCUAAGGAGUUUUAGCAGAUGAACAGAUGCAAUGGAUGAUUCAGUGAUGCAGCAGCACCUGUCUCACUACAAACAGGCCACAGAGUCAGCACGGGAGGAGCUAGCAGUCCUAAACACCAAAUAUCAAAGCCUUCAUUCACAGCUGCUGGAUGCUCGGUCAAAGACAGCAUCUCAGGAGGCUUUGGUGCAGGACCUGAGAGAGGCGAUUGACAGGCACAAGGAGAAUGAAGCCAGACAGUCAUCUCUUAUCAGUUCCCUCAGGGAGCGCAUCCACAACACAGAGGAAGAGAUGGGCUCCAUUGCUUCCUCUAAAAGCAUUAUGGAUAUGAAAUUACAGGCCCUUAUUAAGCAGAAUGAAGAAAUGAAAGAGAGAAUAUUACAAGCGGAGAUCAAGUCUGAAGAGUAUCUUAGCAAAUGGAACAAGACAAAGGAAAAGGCAGAAGAUUUAAAGAGGAGGAGUGAAGAGUUUGUGUCUAGAUUAUCCAACAAACUCUGUGUUGAUUCAGUCGAGCAUGAGAAACCGAUGGAGGCUAUCAUCUCUUUGGUGGAGCUAUGCUGCAAGGAGAGAGACAGACAGAAGACUUUAAUAAGUACUCUAGAAGAGAGUGUUAAAUCUCGAGAGGUGGAGUGUAAAGAGAAUAGGGAGACUCAUGAAGUGGAGUGUAAGGCCAGCAGGGAGACAGUAAGAAGACUCCUGGCUGAUGUGGAGAAUGAACAGAAACUCUCAGCCACCCGUGCAAGUGCUCUGAGUUCAGUCAGACAGGAACUUGAAAGUGCGCUCGUGAGGAAUCAAAAUUUGGAACGAGAGAACCAGAGCCUGAGGAAUAAGCUGCAGCAAUGUGAGGUUGCCCUUGCUGCCGCUAAAGAUCAUUCAGACAGAUAUGAGAAGCGUUCUGAGGAUCUGGAGCACAAACUGCUCAGGAGUCACAAUGAAGCACAGACGUCACACAACUGCAUGGAGGCCUUUAUUAAGGAAGUGAAUAUUCUACUUGGGCUUCAACCUUCAUCUGCUGAGCCUAAAGAAGAGCUCAUUCUCGAAAAACUAAGAGAAGUCUGCAGAAGAGAGAAGAGCAGCACUGCGACUGCGAUUGAGCUGGAAUCCAGGCUAACAGAGGUAUCUCAGGAGCUGGCCAAACAGACAGAGCUGCAGAGAGAAGCAGAACACAGGGAGCAGCAGAUCCAGAGCAGAUGUCAAAGUGUAGAGGCUGAACUUCUCACUACAGGAGUCAACAAGGAUGGGCUGAGCCAGGAAAAACAACAGUACUUGAAGUUUCUGGAGAAGCUUUCUGAGAAAAUGAAGAUUGAGCACAUAGCCACUGACCUGGGCUUUGACAUGAGACUAGAGGCCAUACUGGCACGUGCAGAUCAACUGACCAGACAGGAAGGGACUGCUUUAGUGGAAAAUAAAACUCUGGUCUACAGUCUUCGAAAGAAGGUGAAGGAGCAGAAAGUGAUGUUGGAGAGUAAGGACCUGCACAUGGAUCUGCUGAGGAGGAAGGUAGCCCAGCUGGACGAGGACAAGAGAAGUCGUUCAGCUCUGGCUGUGGAGCGGGAGGACGUUACACUGACCAACAGGAAGCUGCAGAAGAAGGUGGAGCGGCUUCAAGCAGAGCUUAGUGUAAUGCGUUUCUCCAACACUGAGCUGAAGGCCCAGCUCGCCGACACCAACGAGCUUAAGAUCAGGGUGAUGGAACAGAAGCAGGCCAUCGAAAAGCAGAGUAAGAGCUUGGGCACCCUUGAGAAGAACAAGGCCAAAGUGGAGAAAAAACUUAAUACAGUGAAGACUGAGCUACAGAACCAAGAGCUAAGAGCCAGGGACGAGCUCCACCAAGCAAACAAGCUGCUUCAUAGCCAGGCAGGCACCAUGGCAGAGCUCGCCCACAGGGAGAAAAAGCUGCUGGACUUCUGUACUGUGGUGUCUCAGAUGUUGGGAGUGGACAUGCCAGCCACUCUCCUGAACAGUGAGGCUAUCAAAAGGCUGGAGGUCCUGAUUCACUCAUCUCAUCCUCACUUUCCCAUAGACUGCCACUGUGCAGUACCUCAUCUUCAGCACCUCAUGAGUCCAGCCUGCUCCAGCCUUACAUCAGCCUCUCUAGGACCUGAAGUACCGGCACUGCUUCCUCCACCUGCUACAGAUACACCCUGAGGGGCAUGCAACCCCCUGUGCCAGUGUCCUAAUGGAUCAUCACUGGCACAAUGCUAUGAUACAGUAUUUAACAGAUGGCUAAAUACUGUUGUCAGAAAAAUGAAAGAAAAAAAAAAAGUACAACAAAUGCUGGUACUCCUCUUUUUUAUAUGUUGAUGCUGACCUUUACUAAAUUGCACACACUGUGAAACAUUAACCUAACUGUGAACAAGUGAAUUAAUAUUAGUUUAUGGCUCACAGUAAAAACUGUGUGACAGAUGGAGCACUUCAGAAUCAGAACUUGCACAAGUUUCAGUUUGUUCCAGCCCCUAAAAUUAUGAUUCUGACUCUUCUCUACUCAAUAAACAAAAAACAUUUAAUCUCUGUGAAUUCCUAGAUGAAUGUUUUACACACCAGUGGCUUGUGAGAAGUCCCAGUAUAGAGAAACAAUGUAUUGGUACACCACAGACUAAAAUGUCAGUAGCGAUGUUAGUACUGUGCACCAGUGUGAAACUGUUCUAUUUUAAGCACUGACAUUACACUGAAAUUGAAAAGCAGCAAAAAUAGAAAUAAAAGUUUUUUGCAGGACAGCAACUAAAUAUAUAAGACAUGGGUUUGCUGUAAACUCUAAUUAGCCAAUCAUGCUAAAUCUGUUUACUGUGCUUUACACUGAGGCACAUGUGCAUAUGUCUGUCUUUGGAUGGUUGUAGAAUUAAUUUUAAUUAAAGUUUAUUGGACUUAA